CACCGCAGCUCAUGAAGAAAUGGCGGAUCUCCAGACGCAGUACAUUCGAGGAGAACCACUUAACAUCUAAUGGGGUUCACACCGACGACAGAAACCACCACAGCCGACAGGAAUACUUACGUUUUUUGGAAAUCCUCCAGAAUAUCUUCCAUAUAAAAUACGAGAAUGAGCUGAUGGUUUUGGAAGUCUGCGAGAAGACGCUGCAAAAAAGAGAGAGGCUGACUGGAAGAUGCCAAGAAAAAAACAACAGAAUCCACAGCCAGUCAAGUUGGAUUCUGAUGAUGGUGUAGCCAUAGAAGCUCCAGGAAACCUCACCUUAGACACAGACUUUCUCCUCGGACAAGACCUUGAGUUUGGCGAUCCUGAUCAUGACAGCAAGAUUCUAGGUCUGGAAAAGUUCUCAGAAGUAGCUGCUGAGAUUGGUUUUUCUGUGUAUCCUCUGGGUGAUGAGGAGAGCCCUGCCUACAGUCAGCUCAGCAUGGAAAGUGAAACAGACAACUCGCGUAGCACAACUGACAAUGGAAGGGAAGACGAGGGCCGAGCAGCCCAGUCUGAACCCAGUUUUCCUCCCUACCUGUCCUGCAGGGGCUGUGGACAGCUCCGCGAUGAACCUCUGGGACCUGGCAUAGACCUGGUUGGCCCAUACUGCCUUAGGUGCUGCAAAGCCUCAAGGGAAGCCAAAAGUACAGACUUCUGUUCUCCUUUUGGAAGCAUCAGCGGGAUUCGCUCAGGUUCCCAUCCGCAGUUGGAUGGUGAUGUGGUUGGAAACGGGAUGGGUGACAAAGCACUGACAGCUGAGGACAAAUCGGCCAAACUACAUUCAUGUCACAUUUGUGGCUUCUCCUCACGUUACGCAAACCAUGUGAAGCGUCACAUGAAGACGCACAACGGGGAGAAGCCCUAUAACUGCCCCUUGUGCACUUACGCUUCAGCCCAGCUGGUGAACCUGCAGAGACACCUGCGCAUUCACACCGGGGAAAAACCCUACAAAUGUGACAGCUGCAGUUUUGCCUGCAGUUCCCUUGGCAACCUCAAGAGGCACCAGCGCAUGCAUGUGCCCUCCACAGGGGUGGGACAGGACCCUAUGCCACGACCUGCCGGUGGUCAAAACAGCCUGAAGAGGCAUGUGAUGGGACAAAGACCCAAUGAGGAAGAGCCUGGUGCUUCAGCCAAGGUUUCAGAAGUUGCAAGGCCAUCGUCUAAUCUGAGUUUGGGAGCUCAGAACAAUGACUACCUUUCAGCCUUUGAUGGCUUAAAGGGGGCGUCGCCACCGCCCAUACCAGCCUCUAACCCAGCUCCCAGUCACCAGGCUCCACCUCUACUGGAGACCACAGGCAGUGGUGGCAGCAGGGCCACCAGAGGGGGUGUAGCAGACGGUGUCCUCCCCCCGUCACUUUUUCCUUUUACUUGCCGGUUGUGUGGCAUUGUCCUGGAGGACGAGGACGGCUCCUCAGCCCAGAUAUGUGCCAAGUGUACCCUUGAAAUGCUGACUAAAGACUCCUCGUCGUCCCCCAACAGCCCAGGCGAGCGUAGUGACAAGGUGUACACCUGCGCCGCUUGCCCUUUCCUCACACACUACCCAAACCACUUGGCACGCCACAUGAAAACUCACAGCGGCGAGAAACCAUACAAGUGCCCACAGUGCGACUAUGCCUCAGCGCACUUCGACAACCUCAAGCGUCACCACAGAGUGCACACGGGCGAGAAACCUUACAAGUGCCAUUUGUGCGAUUACGCCUGCGGGAACCUGGCCAACCUGAAGCGCCAUCAGCGUGUGCACUCAGGUGCCAAGCCCUUCCAGUGUGCCGUGUGCAGCUACAGCUGCAACCAGAGCAUGAACCUGAAGCGGCACAUGCUCCGGCACACGGGGGAGAAGCCGUACAAGUGUCAGGAGUGCGGCUACACCACCGGCCACUGGGACAAUUAUAAACGACACCAGAAGAAGCACGGCCUGGCCACAGACGGCUGGGUCAAAGUUCCAAUGACUGGCAACGAUGAAGACGAGGAAGUAAGAAAAGGGAUGGGAGUUGGAGUUCAAACCCAUAGAAAAGAGGGUGGGGUGGAUAUGCAGUACAUGCCCAGAGAGGGAGGUCAGACAAUACACUCGUGCUACAAACUUGAGAUUGUAUAAAAUUAUAACUCAGCAAAACUAAGCUACCAGCAACUCGUUGUUUGUUUUUCACAGAGCCUUUAUAUCGUUUCAGUGUGUGUCGGUCUUUUAGUGUUUUGUCGGAUGUCUUCAGAGGCUGCUAAUUGUUCAUUUGUAGAAUCGCGCACAGUUAUGGGAAAAAAACAACUGUUCAAAAUGUUGUGAUGCCUUUCGAGUAAAUAAGGCACCUUACUCAACUGAGUGAGAAGGAGGAAGCUAUUCAGUUUGUCUUUUAAUGGACUUUAUCCACACUGAAAGUCCUCUGACUGUCUCAUCCUGUAUGUUACACCACAUUAGGCUAAGUAUAAUAUUUCCUGUCAUAUUACAACAUAUCUAGUUCUUUAUUGUAGGACAGGGAACACUUUUUGCCCUUCUUACCAAAUAUUCUUCUAUACAUGGAACUCAUGCACACAUUUGCCUGAAAUAUUGGAGCUGCACUGUGUAGUUAUUCAGUUUUCAAAGGAUGACCGCCUAAUUUAUUUUCUUUUAAGUUUUAUCAUUGCCAUGGGUUCAGGCUACGUUCUUCUAACAUUUUUGUUUAUUUUUUACAGUGUUCCUAACCUCUUAUCACAUUCACAAGAAUGUAAAUACUAUUUCAGAACUGGUUUUAUUCAUUUUAACACAUUAUAUUUGAAAUAUGUUUAUACCUUAUUAAGUAAUGACUACACAGUGCAGCUUUAAAUGAGGAUGGGUCCUUGUAAGGGCCAGUAUUGCGCUUUCUUUGCAUUUGGGGCACAAGCUCUGAUAAUGGCAUGCCUUCAGAUUCAUUUACUAAUGUAUGUACUACUAGCAAAGUGCUUUUUAAUAGUACUGGAAUUGUUUUACACUUGAGGUAUAUUGGUAAAUUAGGAUGUGUUAGCCUAAUUUGAUAAUCUCCUAUAUCUUGAUCUUAAUUGUCAUCUAAGCCAAACCCCUCAGGAUUAUAAAUUGUGAUUUGAAAAACUAAAGUGUUGGCAUAAGUUUGAUUUCUAGUUAUCUUAACAGUAAGAAUGCACACAUUUGCAUUUUAAAUACCCUCUGCAGUCUUAAUUAGGUGGAAUGGUUAAAGAAAAAGCACAUUAAUACACACAGAUGCAUUUGGAAGGUUUAGGACUACGUCGUGGGAGAAAAACCUCUUUUAUAUGUAAUUCAGGAGUGACAUAAAACUUAUAUGAGCAUGUCGUUCAAAGGAUUUUCUUCCCCCCAAACUUGCUCUUCACAAAUCUUAAAAUUUCUACAUCUUAAAUGUAUUCCUCUUGGGGAAGAGCACUAUGUUUAAUCCGCUUCCUUUUGAUUACUGUUUACUAUUGACUGUGAAAUCAGCCCACUCGUGUUUUUUUUUUUUUUUUUUAACUUGAAAAAAAUAA